GUCGCGGGGGAGCAUGGUGCCCAGGGGCGGGCGGCGCCGCCGCCAGUGAGCUCCGAGCGGCCGCGGACGGCCGGGAGCGCAGCUGGCCGGGCCGGGCGUCCAGCGCGCCGCUGCCGCCUUGGCGGGGUGGGGCUGGUCAGAAUAAUGUUCAGCAUCAGUCCGCUGGAGAACCUGAAGCUGUACAUCAGCAGCCGGCCUCCUUUGGUGGUCUUUAUGAUCAGUGUAAGCGCCAUGGCCAUCGCUUUCCUCACCCUAGGCUACUUCUUCAAAAUCAAGGAGAUUAAAUCACCAGAAAUGGCAGAGGAUUGGAAUACUUUUCUACUGAGAUUUAAUGAUUUGGACUUCUGUGUAUCAGAGAAUGAAACAUUAAAGCAUCUUACAAAUGAUACCACAACUCCAGAAAGCACAAUGACCAGUGGACAAACCAGAGUGUCUACCCAGUCUCCACAGACCCUGGAGGAUUCAGGCCCAAUUAACAUCUCAGUUGCAAUCACCCUAACUCUGGACCCACUCAGACCCUUUGGAGGAUACUCCCGAAAUGUUACUCAUCUGUAUUCAACCAUUUUAGGGCAUCAGAUUGGACUUUCAGGCAGGGAAGCUCAGGAGGAGAUAAACAUUACAUUUACACUCCCUACAGCGUGGAGUUCGGAUGACUGUGCCCUUCACAGUCACUGUGAGCAGGUGGUGUUCACAGCAUGUAUGACCCUCACAGCCAAUCCUGGUGUGUUCCCUGUCACAGUACAGCCACCCCACUGUGUUCCGGACACAUACAGCAAUGCUACACUCUGGUACAAGAUCUUCACAACUGCCAGAGAUGCCAACACAAAAUAUGCUCAAGAUUAUAAUCCUUUUUGGUGUUACAAGGGCGCCAUUGGAAAAGUGUAUCAUGCUUUAAACCCCAAGCUUACAGUUAUUGUUCCAGAUGAUGAUCGUUCAUUAAUAAAUUUGCACCUCAUGCACACCAGUUACUUCCUCUUCGUGAUGGUGAUAACAAUGUUUUGCUAUGCUGUUAUCAAAGGCAGACCAAGCAAAUUGCGUCAGAGCAAUCCUGAGUUUUGCCCUGAGAAGGUGGCUUUGGCUGAUGCCUAAUCCCAUAAUUGGUGGUUUGCUGAGGGAGAGAGACUGAGAAAACCAUAAUCAUUGCCUGCUGAACCCAGCCUGGACCUGGACACUCUGAAUACAUUAUCUUGCAAUGUUGGGUUAUUCCAGCCAAAGACAUUUCAAAGUGCCUGUAACUGAUUUGUAUAUAUUUAUAAAAAAAAAAAAAUCCAGAAAUUGGUCCAAUGAUGCACGUGCUUUGCACUGGGUACAGCCAGAACCUGUCAGCCUCACCUGUUCACUUGGCAAGAUGGUUUCUUGGAGCACCAGAGAGGAAUGGUGAUCAAGCCAUCCGCUGUCUUCAAGAGGUCAUGGGGCAUUCAUUACCGGUGGGGUUGAGGUUUGCUUUGGUUCUCACUUUAGCCCAAUAUGUACAGAAUGUUCAAAACAGUCUGCACCUUUGAUAUGAUACUGCAUUUCCAAAGCCACCAAUCCAUUUUGUGGAUUUAUGUGUCUGUGGCUUAACAAUCAUAGUAAUAAUGGUAAUAAAUACCAUUUUCUCUGUUUUGCUUGCAAGGAAACAUGCCUAUCUUUCUAUGUUUUUUUUUUUCUUUGAAGAAAAAUAAAAAUAGUCGCAUUUUAGUACUACUCUAGUUAGGACAGACUUAUGCUUUUUUUAAUCUUGAGUAAAAAUUAAGUAUUUAAAAGAGUCACCUACACAAAGAUCUAAGUUUCAUUUUCCACUUGGAGGUGUGGAACAUGGCUUGACUGAGUUCACAUAGAAUAUCCCUCUUUUUUUCCUCUGUUGUCCAUUUUUCUUCAUUCUUAUAGUUAUAGCAGUUUUUUCACGAGGGCUUAAAAAAUAAGAACAUGGCUAUAGAAUAAAUUUAACUUCUGGAAUGCAGAUAAUAUUAAGAAGAAAGAAUGAUUUGGUCUAAUAGUUGACAGUUUCUUGGUGUUUUUGAAGAGGAGAUUAACUCACUCUCCUCUUUUGCAAUUAAAGUAUGUUAGGAAGGAAAAUAGUAACAUUUUCUGGCAACAGUGCUGCGUGACAUGACAGAUACACCUAUGAAAUUGAAUUAAAGCAUUUCUUAGGAAAACCAAAGCUCUUUUCUUUCCUAAUAACAUUUUGAUGAUGUAGUUGCUGCUCUCUUUUCCCUUUUAAUCCAUUUUCAUUUAUAUUUUAAAAUGUGUGUCAUCUUUUCCUGUAGUAGUUUUAUUUUUUUUCCAGAAAAUAUUAAUAGCCUUUUUGCCUUUAUAACGCAUCAUCAUGAGUGAUAUCUGUUAUCCCAAGCAUUGUUCUAUCAAAAGGGCAAAUAAGACCUUAGACAUAACUGGCAACUCUUCUUUCUCUUAAUUCUAUAGUCUAUUCUAAAUUAGAAUUUGUCUUACAAUCUGGAAUGUAUCAGCCUAGAAUAUUUUAUUCCAGGCAUUCUUGAAUGGAAAGCAAUGUUUUUUAACUGAAGAUUGCCAAAUCACCAUAGUUACUAGAUGUAAUGGUAUUCCUUUUAGUACAUUUCAAGCACAAUAAUAUAUUUGUCUGUCUAGUUGUUUUUUUUUUUUUUCUUUUGAUAUGUUCUGAGUUACUUAAUGAUGCAUGGCUAAUAUGUUCAUUUGGGUUUUUCUUUGUACCUGAGGCUCUUAUGAGAUAAGAUAGAGAUUUGGCUUGGCCUUUACAAACUCAGCAUCAUGAAGACCAACAGAUUUUAGAUUAAGCUGCUACUGAAUUAAUGAAGUCCCAUCAAAGUGGAAUUAUAGGAUUAGAUUUAUAGCUGACAAAGUAAUAUAAAAGGAGAAAGACAGGCAAAAAAAAAAAGUCAGGUUCACUGAUUUGUGUAGUCCAGUAAGUUUUCUGACUUUACCUAUCUUUAUUUGUGUAAUAGGGAAUGGCUGGAAUCUGUAGCCAGGAGAGGAAGGACUCUUAAGUUAUAGGAAAGGAAGUGCCAAAAUACCUAGACAAUAUGAUUUGUGUUAAGGUUAGGACACAGUUUAAAAUCCCAACAUCCACCUAAGCAGGUAAUUCAAGGAGUUUAUUAAAGCCCAGAAUCAUGAAAGCUGGGAGACCAGGGAACUGGGUGAAGAAGUCUAAUAAUUGGAGACUUCCACAGAGCCACAGGAAGUCCGGAGGAUAUGUUAGUACUGGAACCUUAUGCACAAGACCUGGUCGUCUGCUGUAUUUGGCUGGUGGACAUCAGGAUCAGAAGAGUGUUACAGACAGGGCCUGUUUGCUGUCCAAGGGUGACCUACCACAGGAGCAUUGGUCAUCCUUGGGCCUCUUAAACUAGAGGUCCAAUAAAAGGUCAGCAACUUACUAUUACAACGAUUGUUUCAGAUCAUAUUGAUCUCUUUCCUUUUUCCUUUUGUCCUUUCACUGUAUGACUUGAAUCAGUUUUGAUUCUAUUUGUGAGUUUUUCUUUUCAUUAGGAACCUGCCGUUUAUGUUACAUUUUUUUUGGCAGUAUGUAGGUGUUCAGUAUCCUGGUUUUGAACCCUCCUGCGGGCAUUGUGGGGUUACAAAAGCCGGCAGAUCUUUUCACUUAUCUUGCUGCAUGAUGGUCAGUAGCUGAUCUGUUAUGGCAUUCACUUCCAGAUUAAUUUUCUGUGUUUGAAAUAUGUGCAUAUGUGCUUUACAGAAUAAAACAUCUGAAUUUA